UGAGAGUGAAUUUAGGCGAGUUGACUGCUCCCGUCUAGCAAAUAAUCCGUCGAUCUAUUGGUCACGUGACGCGUCUGAUUGCGCAGCGCUAACAGGUGGAGCUGUGUGCAUUUAUUCCAAUAUUUACAUAAGCACUUGUUUAAUUUAUGGACAAAGCAGGAUAUUAGUCCGGGUUCUCGUCAUUGAAACUUUCUCUUAGGUUUCUUCCAGUCAAAAGGACAGCAAACGCACCUUUUUUAAACUAGAUUUGACUAUAUGGUCCUUUAUUUGCGUUUUUACUGGUAACCUUUUAAUUUGACUGAAUUUAGUGUUUGUCUUUCGUGUGCUUCUUUGCAUUAAAACAUUUAAACCACAUUUUUAUUGAGCAGCCAUCAUUUUAAACGAAUUAAACACCCCCACACUCGGACCAUGAACCAACAUAACUUGGAAAAGUGGUUAUUACUGUUUCAGCUCAGUUUACAGGUAGGCUAUGUUGUAAUAUAUCUAUUCUCAAAAUAGCCGUUUCAAUUUUGGCGCUUCAUUUUAAAGAAAUUGAUCAAUUUUUGAUGUACAUACUAUUUUGCUGGCUUUCCUCUCCCUCGACACAGAUUGUUUGGUGUUCAGAUCGUGUUGUGUUCCUGAAUCCCCCAGCUGAACCAGUGUCUGGCUACUCGCUGAAAGUGUUGUACUCCUGUUCUAAUCCAGCUGUGGUGCUGGUGGAGUGUCUGGUCUCUUAUGACACUGGAGUAAAGUCCACGGUAUUCCAGAGACACUGGAGCUGUGAGCCGGGCCCGGACCGGAUUAGGACUCUGCUACUGAGCCUCCCUGACUGGCUGGUGUACCAGCCUGACUGGGUUGUGCCUGACACUCAGUGGGUGCUCAGUGGCAUGCUGCGUGCCUCUGUCAGUGAGGAGGGAUCUGAGGACAGUUACAGGUCAGGCCAGGCCACUGCGGUGGUCAGCUUGCAGCCCACGCCCCCUCUCAGUCGCCCCAUGAAGCAACAUCAACUCUGCCCUGGCUGGGCUACACAGAUGCUGUGGCUAACCCGCAGGACCACCACCUCACAAUGCCCUGUGGAACAAGGUAAUUACUGUUGUGUAGAGUUAGUUGGUUAGUUUAAAAAAAUGUCAGUCCACAACGAUACAAUAGUUGACAAUACAAAAUACAGAUUUUAAAAACCACAUUGUGGACCACUCAAAUAGAGCUUUGAGACACUAAAAGCAGUCAUAGUCAAACAAGGUAUAGUAGUGUAGGACAUCUCAGUCAGUAAUUCAUUUUCAACAUAUUUAGGCUAUAAACUAUAACAAACUUCAUGCAAACCUUUAUAUCCUAGCAUUUCUCAUUUUAUCAAAAAAUAAUCUCCCAUUCAGAGACGGUCCAUUUGUUGUCGUCCAUGUAUGCCUCAACUGGAGAGAACUUUGGCAUCACCAAGACGUUAAAUACCUAUAGCAACGAGGUCCUGGAGUACUUGCGGCUCCAAGAUAUUUAUUUUCCAUGGUAAGACCACUAGCUACAUAGUCUGUAUGUGCAUGCUAAAAGACAUGGGCUUCACGUUGCGGAUAUUAACAUAGGAUGAUAUUUGAUAAUUUUUUUCUCCCCUGUUGCCAGGUGUGUGUUCUCCAUCUGGGUAUUUCUGACCCAAUCCUGCCAGGAAAAGUUGUGUGGUGUAUUUCACCACAUAGACUAUCAAAAUAACUAUGCCACUCCCAAUUUGUUCCUUAAAAGUUCAGGUAACAUAAGACAGAAAUGCUCUUCUAUUCUCACUUAUGGUCAGAUGCAUUAUUAGACCAUUAUAUUGCCUAGUCCUUAGUUAUAGCAUGUGUUCUGCAGGCCAGCUGCAGGUCCAGAUGCAUGGGGAGUCUGGGAGGUCCUCAGCGUUCCUCUGUCCGUUCCAGGUGCCCCUGGCCCAGUGGUGCCACGUCAACAUGGAGCUGCGUGGCAGAACGGUCAGUAUUAACCCCUACCCACAGUAGACAGACAGGAAAUCAGUGUCAACCCACUCCCUACUUCAGGAGACUAACCAGUAUUCUAUUGCAACAAUAUCUUCACUCUUUUUCUGGAUUAUUUUUAGGUGGAUGUCACCAUGGUGUGCAUAGAUGGUCAGCAACGUUUGGUUCAUACUGCAGAACACACGUAAGGAUGAACAUGAUGACAGUAGAGAGAAACCUAUAAUACAUGUCAGAAUCAUUUUGAAUAUGGAACUGGUUUGUUACAGGUUCAGAGAUCCUAUACACCUGGAUGAUACGGACGGCUACUUUGUGGUCAGUGGAGGUCGAUUUAUGAGAGGAAUUGAAGGUUAUUAUGGACCGUUGGUGUACUAUCGUAACAGAAUACCUAAUGUCAGGACGGUAAGAAUCAGUCAGACACAUCCAAAUCCAUCUGUAAUUUAACAAAACAUGUUACACAUGUAUUCACUUGUCUCCCGCAGUCUGAAGUCAUUGUUCCAGACCAUAUUAGGAGUCUGAAUUUGACUGGAUGGCUACAGUCUUGUCAGGGAUUUCAGUUGGAGCUUCAUAUCAAAUUGACCGGAUAUUUACUGAGAGCCAGAGAGAAACAAGAGUCUGGUAAUGACGUGUAACAUCCACUAGAUGGCAUGAUGGUGUAUCGAAUAUUCAGUGGCUCACAAAGUUAGUGUCACUCUCCAUCCAAACUGACACUACCUCUGUUUUCCAGAGAACUGUAUGGAUGCUUAUCAUGAACGGACAUUAAAAUAUAAUCUAGCUGUGACACCACACUGUGAACCCUGGGAGGCACCCAGUGCCCCUCAAAGACGCUAUGCAGUACGACUGGCAAAGAUACUGGCCUCCAAGCAUGGUAAGAGCUGGUCAUAAUGAUAAAUAUACUCUUCUGAGGAUGUUGCAAUCUCUAAUGUUAUUGUUUAUACUGUAUACCCAGGUGGCAGAAAGGUUGAUCUGGCGUCAAUGGGAAGGGCUCUGUACUCCUUGUCUCUGCGUAAGCUGCGCCAAGAGAGCACUGGAUCCACUGGAGUAGUUAACAGGAUAAUGGCCCCUCUGCUACAAGCUGGCUGUCUGGGGAACAACAGAGCUCUACACCUGUCGUCGGUGCUCUACAGCAGUGGUUUAGGAGUGGAGAGGAAGCCCAAUAAAGUGGGUGAAUGAGUGUGCAUUCAGGAGUUUUUCAUGGUCAGGAGAAACUCAGGCCCACUAUUUAUACUUUGCAUGUCUCUUACUCCCCUCAUCCUCCAGGCAUGGCUACUGUCCCUGCUGUCAGCCCAGAAGGACUGGAGACUGGCCCUGCUGCGCCUCGGGCACCUGCACCGGCUGGGUGAGCAUGGCAUCCCCUCAGACCCUGACCUGGCCUAUGCCUACUACUCUAACAUCGCCAAGCAGACGUCCUCCGACCAGCACAACCCCUCACCUCAGCAGGUAGACCUUCGUGCUUGAAGCAAGAUCAUCUCAGUCUGUGCAUGUAUUAUACAAUCCUAAAACAUGUCAUUUAAUGAAACUGCUCCUCAUCUGCUAUGUCUGUUUUGUAGAUGUUUGUAGAAUCUAUUUACCUGAACAACAAGGAAGUGCUUGCGUUACAAACCAAUGAAAACCAUGAUAUCUUUCACUGGUUAAAACUCCAGGCCCGCAAUGGAGCCGCAGAUGCAGAGGUACUACACAUAUGUCUGAUUGUAUUCAGUAUUAAACAUAAUCUCAAGAAAUCUUUUGUGAUAAUGGUUGAUAAUGGUUGAACUGCUCUUCUAUAGCAAGCUGUGGCUCGUAUGCUGUUCUGGGGCCAGCAGGGUGUGUCUCCAGACAUCCAGACUGCUGUGAGACACUAUGAGAGAGGAGCUGUCCGUCUGGGGGACCCAGUGUCCAUGUAUGACUACGCAAUAGUCCUCAUGCAGGUCAGAGGUCAAUCACUCAGUUUGAUGACACAGUCAGUCUCUAUAGUCAUUCUAAGGUCAAUGAUAGUAAUGUCUAGCCUAUCUUGACAAUACCAUCAUUACUUUGAAGGGCCAAGGAGUCGAGAAAGACAUUCCAAGGGCAGUCACUUUCCUGAAGAAAUCAGUUGAGCAGGUUGGUCAAAGUGAUGUUCAGAACUUUAUCAUUAUGCAUGGCCAGUAGGACUACAAUGACACCUUCAAAAUUGCUCAUCAUACCAUUCGAUCCCACAGGGUUUCAUGCCAGCGAUCAACGCCCUUGGCUGGUACUAUGAGCAGUUUGAGAAGGACUACCAGCGGGCAGUGCAGCUGUGGGAACAGGCUGAUAAACAAGGCAGCUCAGAUGCUGCUAUGAAUCUGGGUGUCAUGUACUCCCAAGGCCUGUAUCCUGGGAAAGCUGCAGACAAGGUCAGGUCAACUGUCAGUAUACCCUGUGGUCACCUACGUAGCUAUUGGACUGAGAUAAUGAACCAACAGUGUUUUGUCUCUCCCAGUUCAUGGCCUAUACCUACUACCUGAAGUCUGCCCAGAGAGGAAACAUAGAUGGCUCCAUUCAGCUGGCUGAUGUGUGGACCACAGGGAUCCCUGGCCGAGUCAAGAGGCGUCCAGCAGAUGCUGUAUUGUUAGUCACUAAAUUAUUAGUUUUUUUUUCAGAAUCUGAUUACAACAUUGCUUUGCAUUGCUUGCCAACCACUCUGUUUUGACCACAGAUGGGUUAAGUGGGCAGCUGAACACAAUGGACACCUUGGAAUGGUCCUCAGGAAGGCCUUGGAUUCCUAUUUUAAAGGGGAUAGGUGACCGUCUCUCUUCUUAGAACAUUACAUGAUAACCCUAAUUUGAAUGUUUGUUAUUGUAUGAACCUAAUGUUUUUACUGUUUUACAGCUUAAUGGCCUUGUUGUAUUACAUGAUGGCAGCUGAGUCAGGAUUUGCAGCCGCCCAGUUCAAUGUGGCGUACUUAUGUGAACAAAACCCUGUGAGUUGGAUUGGUGGAACUUGUUUCCACAGUGAUGAUAGAGUGUAUAACUAUACUGAACAAAAAUAUUAACGCAACAUCCAACAAUUUCAAAGAUUUUACUGAGUUAAUAUAAGGAAAUCAGACAGUUGAAAUACAUUUAUUAGGCCCUAGUCUAUGGAUUUCUCAUGACUGGGAAUACAGAUAUACAUCUGUUGGCCACAGAUACCUUUUUUUUAAAUGUAGGUGCGUGGAUCAGAAAACCAGCCAGUAUCUGGUGUGACCACCAUUUGCGUCAUGCAGCGCGACACAUCUCCUUCGCAUCGAGUUGAUCAGGAAGUUGAUUGUGGCCUGUGGAAUGUUGUCCCACUCCUCUUCAAUGGCUGUGCGAAGUUGCUGGAUAUUGGCUGGAACUGGAACUGGAACACACUGUCUUACACGUCAAUCCGGAUAUGGAGGUCCUGGGCUGGCGUGGUUACACGUGGUCUGCGGUUGUGAGGCUGGUUGGACGUACUGCCAAAUUCUCUAAAAUGACGUUGGAUGUGGUUUAUAGUAGAGAAAUUAACAUUAAAUGAUCUGGCAACAGCUCUGGUGGACAUGGCUGCAGUCAGCAUGCUAGUUGCAUGCUCCCUCAAAACUUGAGACAUUUGUGGCAUUGUGUUGUGGCAACUGCACAUUUCAGAGUGGCCUUUUAUUGUCCCCAGCACAAGGUGCACUUGUGUAAUGGUCAUACUGUUUAAUCAGAUUCUUGAUAUGCCACACCUAUCAGGUGGAUGGAUUAUCUUGGCAAACGAGAAAUGCUCAUUAACAGGGAUGUAAACAAAUUUGUACAAAAAUGUGAGCUAAAUAAGCUUUUUUGUGGAAAAUUUCGGGGAUCUUUUAUUUUUACUCAUGAAACAUGGGACCACACUUUUCAUGUUGCGUUUAUAUUUUUGUUCAGUAUAUGACACACAUGUAGUAUGACACACAUGUAGUUAUAACUGACCUUUCCAAUAGGGAGGUUUCCUGGAUCCCACUUUUGCAGUGCAGUGUAUGAGGAGACACUACAACCUGACCAUCCAGACACAAGAUCCUGAUCCCUACGGUGAAUUGUCUUUGACAUAAACAGUCUGCACUGACUCUGUCAUUGCACUUUUCUCAGGGAGAUUGUAUUAAUAUUUUCUCCAUCCAUCCUCUCCAGCCCUGAUCAGGAUGGGUGACCUGCUGUAUGAAGGACAUGAGCGGAGACCGAAAGAUGUUGCAGCAGCAGCAGAGAUGUACAAACAGGCAGCACUAAGGAGUGACCCACAGGUAUGCCAGCCAGGUUACAUCCAUGUGAUACCAUUACCUGUCACGGUUCAGACAGACGACCAGAGGACCACAAUUGCGUCACACCAGAAAGUUUAUUAAAACUUAAGGGAAAAGGGAAGUAGGGAGUGAAUGAAGGCUCCAGGGGUAACAGGGAUCCCGUCCAAUGCGCUGGGUCUGUGCCCCCCCCAGUGGCAGCGAUGCGUCCUAUGAAGCCGGUGGUGGGUGGUCCAGAAGUCCUGGGGGGGGGAGACACAGACACAACAGGGCGGAAUGAAACAAGGCAGCAGUACAGUUCAAGGGAAAUCCAAAAUUCGUAGUAGCAAGGCAGAAGGCUGGUCAGAGUUACCGGGAUUGAAGAGUAGUCAGGAGUCGUAAUGGCAGAAGCAGGUCUGGAUCUCCUGGGGCAGAAGAGUAUCCAAAAAUCAGGCAGGUCCGGGGUCACAAAACCAGGGUGAGCCAGAAGCGCGAGCAAACAGGUUCCGGGUGUGAGCUUUGCAGACGAUCUGACACCGGAGAGCUGAAAGACAGGGCCUUAAAUACUGGGAGAGGUAGUGGGUAAUGCAGCGCAGCUGGCAGAGUAAUUAGAGCAGAGCAGAGCAGGGACAGGUGGAGCUAGUUAGGCUGAGUAGAGAGAGUGGUGAGCAGAGUGGAAGAAAAUUAAGGUGGUAACCCGGUGGAGUGAGAGGCUCAUGACAGAACCCCCCCCCCAAGGGACGGCCCCAGAAGUCCCAAGAGCAACACCACGCCGGGCGGGAGGAGGGGAGCCGGAGGAGGGCUAGAACUCCUCCGAACGGUCCGAGUGAACGUCCUCAUCCUCGGAGGAAGCCGGAGGGCCGUGGUCGGGAGAUGGGACAGGUCCCGAGACAGGAUCAGGCACAGGACAGGAAGCCGAGCGGGCAGGACGGUUAGGGACCCCUCUGGGGCGGCCCCUACGGAUUGCAGGUUGAUCAGGAUGCCGUUGGUGGAAAGCGGUGAUGAGAGUCCUAUCCACAAUCCGACUAGCUGGCACCCAGGUCCUUUCCUCAGGUCCAUAGCCCUCCCAGUCAAUGAGGUACUGGAGACCCCUACCCCUCCGUCUGGACCGAAGCAGGCGGCGGACGGUGUAAACCAGACCACCAUCGACGAGCCGUGGAGGAGGAGGACAAGGCGCAGCAGGGACCAGCGGACUCUCAUGGAUGGGCUUAAUCUUAGACACAUGGAAAGUGGGGUGCACCCUCAGGGAAUUAGGCAGUUGGAGCCGGACAGCAGUUGGGCUAAUCACUCUUAUGAUAGGGAAUGGGCCAAUGAACCGAGGUGCCAGCUUCUGCGACUCCACCCUGAGUGGUAGGUUCUUCGAUGACAACCACACCCUUUGACCAACAUGGUAGGUGGGAGCAGGAAUUCUCCGACGGUUGGCCCCGGUAGUGUAGCUGGCAACGGAUCUGAGGAGUGUGGCUCGGGCUUGUGACCAGGUGCGGCGACAUCGACGGGCAAAAGCAAGUGCAGAUGGGCAAGUAACCUCCUCUUCCUGGCUGGCAAAUAGAGGAGGCUGGUAUCCAUAAACACAUUGGAAAGGGGACAUACCGAUGGCAGAGCAGGUCAGAGAAUUGUGUGCGUACUCCACCCAUGUCAAUUGCUGCGACCAGGAGUGGGGGUUGCGUGAAGUCAUGCAUCGCAGUGCCUUCUCGAGCUCCUGAUUAGCCCGCUCUGACUGCCCAUUGGAUUGGGGAUGGAAUCCGGAAGUCAGACUGACUGUGGCUCCCAGCAGGUGACAGAACUCCUUCCAAAAAGCGGAGGAGAAUUGUGGACCACGGUCAGAAACUACAUCCUUUGGCAGUCCGUGGAUCCGGAAGACGUGUUCCAGGACCACCUGGGCGGUCUCCUUGGCGGUUGGGAGCUUGGGGAGGGGAAUGAAGUGUGCCAUCUUGCUGAAACGGUCAACUAUGGUGAGAAUGACGGUCAUGCCACUUGAAGGGGGCAGCCCCGUGACAAAGUCAAGGGCGAUGUGAGACCAGGGACGUCUGGGCACAGGCAGGGGCUGCAGCAAUCCGGCUGGGGGCUGGCAGGACGACUUGUGUUGGUUGCAGAUGGGGCAGGCUUGGACGAAUUCCCGUACAUCCUUCCUCAGAGAGGGCCACCAGAACCUCUGGGCGAGCAGGUUGUAAGUGCGGGUGGAGCCAGGGUGACAAGCUAGGCGGGAGUCAUGUCCCCACUGAACGACCUGGGACCUCAGGUCUUCGGGGACAAAAAGGCGGUCAGCUGGGCAAGUGCUGGGACCUGGCUGGUUACGGAGAGCCUCCAGCACCUGUUCCUCAACAGCCCAGGUCAGAGCUGCAACGAUGCAGGGACUUGGCAGAAUCGACACAGGGUCCUUGGAGGGGGUGUCAUCCUUCUGGAAUUGACGGGAGAGGGCGUCUGGCUUGGUGUUGCGUGAUCCAGGCCGGUAUGACAGAGUGAAAUUAAACCUGGUGAAGAACAGGGCCCAGCGGGACUGCCUGGAGUUCAACCGUUUGGCCGUGCGGAUGUACUCCAAGUUCUUAUGAUCGGUCCAAACGAGAAAUGGAAUGGUGGACCCCUCCAGCCAGUGACGCCACUCCUCCAAGGCAAGCUUCACAGCCAGCAGCUCACGGUUCCCUAUGUCGUAAUUGCACUCAGAGGGGGACAACCGACGUGAGAAAAAGGCACAGGGAUGGAGCUUCCUAUCCUCCGCAGCCCACUGAGAAAUCACAGCACCAACUCCCACAUCCGAGGCGUCCACCUCCACAAUGAAUUGCCGGUCCACAUCAGGCAUCUGGAGGAUGGGAGCGGAGGUGAACCUCACCUUGAUGGUACUGAAGGCUUUGUCGGCUGCUGGGGUCCAGGUGAAGGGUUGCUUGGUGCUGGUUAGAGCAGUGAGAGGGGCAGCAACGGUACUGUAGUUCCGGAUAAACUUUCUAUAGAAGUUAGCAAACCCCAGAAACUGUUGCAGCUUCUUUCUGUUCUCCGGAACUGGCCAUGAAGUGACUGCUGAUACUUUGGCAGGAUCCAUUUGGAUACUUCCCUCUGCCACUAUGUACCCCAGGAAGGCCACUGUCUUGACGUGAAACUCACAUUUCUCUGCCUUGGCGUAGAGGGAAUUCUCCAGAAGACGAUGAAGGACUUGCUGGACAUGGCGGGUGUGUUCAGACAGGUUUCUGGAGUAGAUUAAGAUGUCAUCCAGGUAAACGAAGACAAACUUGUUUAACAUGUCCCGCAGUACAUCAUUCACUAGAGCCUGGAACACAGCAGGAGCAUUGGUGAGGCCAAAAGGCAUAACCAGAUACUCGUAGUGGCCUGUUGGUGUAUUGAAUGCGGUUUUCCAUUCAUCUCCCUCCCGGAUCCGCACUAGGUGGUAAGCGUUUCUGAGAUCCAACUUGGUAAAAACAGUGGCUCCCUGGAGCAACUCAAAAGCAGAGGUGAGCAGAGGCAGAGGGUAACGGUUCUUCACUGUGAUGUCGUUGAGUCCCCUGUAGUCGAUGCAGGGGCGAAGAGAUCCGUCCUUCUUCCCCACAAAGAAGAAGCCAGCACCAGCAGGAGAUGAAGAUGAACGGAUUAAUCCUGCGGACAGAGAGCCAUUGAUGUAGUCCUCCAUGGACUUUCUUUCAGGAGCAGACAACGAAUAAAGACGACCCUUUGGAGGGGCUGUUCCAGGGAGGAGGUCGAUGGCACAGUCGUACGGUCGGUGAGGGGGCAGAGAUGUGGCUCUUGCUUUGUUAAACACCUCUCUGAGACCAUGGUAGCAUUCUGGGACAUUGGAGAGGUCAGGAGCGGAGUUAGUAGGUACUGGCCGAGGGGGUAGUGCGGCAGCAAGCAGGCAGGUUCGGUGGCAGUCCUCUCCCCACUCCCUGAUCACCCCGGUCACCCAGUCGAGCUGAGGGUUGUGCCGGCGGAGCCAUGGGUAACCCAGGAUGAGAGGUUGGCCUGGAGAGGGGAGCAGGUGAAACUGGAUAGUUUCUUGAUGGUUUCCGGACAGACCCAUCGAGACCGGGGCCGUGACAUGAGUGACCGAUCCGAGUAAGUGUCCGUCCAGUGCCCGGGCAGGAAUAGGAGGUGUCAAACGGAGGUUCUCCAGUCCCAGUUGGCGUGCCAGCUUGAUGUCCAUUAUGUUGGCUUCGGCGCCAGAAUCCACCAGAGCAGCCAGGGUGUGAGUUGAGUCAGAGAGGCGGAGGUGAACUUGCAGCAGGGGUUUGCGGUCGGAGGACUGGAUGGUCAUUGAACUCAACCGGACUCCCCCUAUGCCCGGUGAGCUUCGGCCCUUUAAAGGGCAGGUUACCACACGAUGUCCAUCACCUCCACAAUAGAGGCAGAGGUUUGAGGUGAAGCGGCGCUGGCGCUCUGCAGGAGUGAGAGAGGCUCGCCCAAUCUCCAUAGGCUCAGACUGAUCAAGCUGACCUGGGUGAGUGGCAGUAGAUGACAGGAGCCCAGUCGGAUCUCUCCGAAUGCCGGUAGUAGGUGGACCUUGGCGCCCCCUCUCACGACGACGGGUCUGUAUCCUUCUGUCGAUCCUGACAGUCAGUGCGAUGGCUUCAUCAAGAGUGGAAGGCAGUUCAUGGGAGACCAACUCGUCCUUGAUAUAGUCAGCCAAACUAUGGAAGAACGCGUCCACCAACGAUGGUGUGUUCCAAGAACUUCGUCUAGCCAGGGUUCGGAAGUCGAUGGAAUGGUCUGCGACUGUACGUCUGCCUUGUCGAAUACUGAACAGUUCACGAGACGCCUCUGCGGUUGGUGAAUCCAGGUCAAACACCUUCAGCAUCUCCUCAGCAAACAGGUCGAAGGUUGCACAUGCGGGGGUUUGACGUUCGAACUCUGCUGUUCCCCAGAGUCGAGCUCGGCCCGUCAGGUGAGUGAUGGCAUACCCAACUUUAGCCCCCUCCGUGGCGAAGGUCCUUGGCUGCAAGGAGAACUGAAGUCGGCAGCUAGUCAGGAAUGGCCGGACCUGGGUUGAAUCGCCGUUGAACCGCUCGGGGUUUCCAAUCUUGGGUUCCGGAGCAGCGGCUGCAAUGACCGGGGCAGGUAACUCGGGGGCAGGGCUGGUGGGCAGACUGGCUGGGGUAAGGUUGGUGAGGAGUUGAAUGAUCAUGGCGAGUUGUUGUUGCUGCUGCUGGAACUGCUGCUCAUGCUCAUCGGUUUCCAUGUCGGGGAAAGUGUGCGCUGAGUCCAUAAUGGUCAGAUCGUACUGUCACGGUUCAGACAGACGACCAGAGGACCACAAUUGCGUCACACCAGAAAGUUUAUUAAAACUUAAGGGAAAAGGGAAGUAGGGAGUGAAUGAAGGCUCCAGGGGUAACAGGGAUCCCGUCCAAUGCGCUGGGUCUGUGCCCCCCCCAGUGGCAGCGAUGCGUCCUAUGAAGCCGGUGGUGGGUGGUCCAGAAGUCCUGGGGGGGGGAGACACAGACACAACAGGGCGGAAUGAAACAAGGCAGCAGUACAGUUCAAGGGAAAUCCAAAAUUCGUAGUAGCAAGGCAGAAGGCUGGUCAGAGUUACCGGGAUUGAAGAGUAGUCAGGAGUCGUAAUGGCAGAAGCAGGUCUGGAUCUCCUGGGGCAGAAGAGUAUCCAAAAAUCAGGCAGGUCCGGGGUCACAAAACCAGGGUGAGCCAGAAGCGCGAGCAAACAGGUUCCGGGUGUGAGCUUUGCAGACGAUCUGACACCGGAGAGCUGAAAGACAGGGCCUUAAAUACUGGGAGAGGUAGUGGGUAAUGCAGCGCAGCUGGCAGAGUAAUUAGAGCAGAGCAGAGCAGGGACAGGUGGAGCUAGUUAGGCUGAGUAGAGAGAGUGGUGAGCAGAGUGGAAGAAAAUUAAGGUGGUAACCCGGUGGAGUGAGAGGCUCAUGACAAUUACCAUCUCAUUAAAGGAAUGCCGUCCCACUCAUCUGCCACCCUUGAGUGUGUGUGUCUGCAUGCUUUUUCUCACAGGGCUGGUACAGUCUUGGUGUGCUUGUUCAAGAGGAACAGGGGUUACCGUUGUCCGUCCUGUCUGAACUGGGUCUGACACAGCAUUACAUGGCAGAUAACACUGAGCUGGCAACUACACUUUACCGCAGGUAUGUACUGUGGUACUGUACACUAUUCACAACAUGCGAAUGCCAUGCACACUACCUGAGGGUAUGAUGGAAUAUCAGUAGCGGUCGGUGCCGUUUAAGAUGAGGGACGACGAUUAUUUGUUUUAUGAGCAUGGCGUUAUUUCUAUUACAGCAUAUUGGAUGACUCUCAUAUAUAUUCCAUUUACCCAACUCAAUGUAACAUGGAUAAGUUUAGGCUACUUACUACAUCAUACUAUAAUUUUCCCUAUACCCAUCAUGAGGUUGCUACAACCUAGCCUAUGAAUGAAAGUUUACAACGUAGGUGCACACAGGUUGAGAUAGAUUUUUGUAAUCAAGGUGACAGACAUUGACACAUUCAAUACCGCCUUGCACAAUCUUGCCUGCAUCUAGCUGAUCUAGGGUGUAAUCAUUAGUCCAACAGUUGCAAAUGAGAGUUUCUAUUGGACAAAUUCAGGUAUGUUUAAUCCCGUUUCAUUCCGUUCCAUUUGCUUCCGUUUAAGAAGCUUUUUUCAACAGAAUCGGCGGAAUGAAUAGACCCUUGAUCACAUGCAAACACAGUUCACUUUCAUAGCAGCCAGAUCAUUGUACAAUUCCUUCUCGCAUCUACGUGCUCUCCUUCUCUCACCUUUUCCCUUCGCUUGUGGACUUCAGUGCACAACACAUCAGCUGUCUGUGACCAGGCAAAAAAAACUUUCCAAGCCAAAUCAUAACUGCUAACCGCUACACACAGCCUACAUUGUUGUCCCCAUACUAGCUAACGUCAAGAAAACAACGUAGCUACUAGAACUAACGCAUUAGUAAAUCCGCUACAAUCAUGCAGUACAGUGUACAGUUAGCAAGCAGUUUAGCAGUUACACCGGCGGGCCUCGGUGGCAAUAAAUUAAUAAAACCAAAAGCUUACCUUGACUUGGAAGAGUUCCAGUGUUGGAUAGCCAUAGCCAGCUAGGUAACAUAGCAUCCCUCUCUGUUUGAGCCGGGUGUUUGAGUAGGCUAAACUAGCUAGCUAGCUGCAUUUGCUAGAUAAGUAAGUGAAAGUGAAAAAAAUACAAAUAUAGCUGUCUCUCUCUCAUGUUUCUCCUUCAUUGUUUAAGAAAUUAAUUUGUUCAAAACUGUUCAACUAUUGUCUUUCUCUCUCUUUGAGUCAACUACUCACCACAUUCAAAUCAAAUCAAAUCAAAUUGUAUUGGUCACAUGCGCCGAAUACAACAGGUGCAGACAUUACAGUGAAAUGCUUACUUACAGCCCUUAACCAACAGUGCAUUUAUUUUUAACAAAAAAAAAAGUAAAAAUAAAACAACAACAAAAAAAGUGUUGAGAAAAAAAGAGCUGAAGUAAAAUAAAUUAACAGUAGGGAGGCUAUAUAUACAGGGGGGUACCGGUGCAGAGUCAAUGUGCGGGGGCACCGGCUAGUUGAGGUAGUUGAAGUAAUAUGUACAUGUGGGUAGAGUAGCAGCAGCGUAAAAAGGAUGGAGUGGGGGGGCAGUGCAAAUAGUCCGGGUAGCCAUGAUUAGCUGUUCAGGAGUCUUAUGGCUUGGGGGUAGAAGCUGUUGAGAAGUCUUUUGGACCUAGACUUGGCACUCCGGUACUGCUUGCCGUGCGGUAGCAGAGAGAACAGUCUAUGACUAGGGUGGCUGGAGUCUUUGACAAUUUUGAGGGCCUUCCUCUGACACCGCCUGGUAUAGAGGUCCUGGAUGGCAGGAAGCUUGGCCCCAGUGAUGUACUGGGCCGUACGCACUACCCUCUGUAGUGCCUUGCGGUCGGAGGCCAAGCAGUUGCCAUACCAGGCGGUGAUGCAACCAGUCAGGUUUCUCUCGAUGGUGCAGCUGUAGAGUUUUUUGAGGAUCUGAGGACCCAUGCCAAAUCUUUUCAGUCUCCUGAGGCUUUGUCGUGCCCUCUUCACGACUGUCUUGGUGUGUUUGGACCAUGAUAGUUCGUUGGUGAUGUGGACACCAAGGAACUUGAAGCUCUCAACCUGCUCCACUACAGCCCCGUCGAUGAGAAUGGGGGCGUGCUCAGUCCUCUUUUUUUUCCUGUAGUCCACAAUCAUCUCCUUUGUCUUGGUCACGUUGAGGGAGAGGUUGUUUGUAUGCACUGCAGUGCUAGCUAGCUGUAGCUUAUGCUUUCAGUACUAGAUUCAUUCUCUGAUCAUUUGAUUAGGUGGACAACAUGUCAGUUCAUGCUGCAAGAGCUCUGAUAGGUUUGAGGACGUCCUCCGGAAGUUGUCAUAAUUACUGUGUAAGUCAAUGGAAGGGGGUGAGAACCAUGAGCCUCCUAGGUUUUGUAUUGAAGUCAAUGUACCCAGAGGAGGACGGAAACUAGCUGUCCACCGGCUACACAACUACCCUACAGAGUGCUGUUGAGGCUACUAUAGACAUGCAUUGCAAAACAGUGUGUUUUAAUCAAUUAUUUGGUGACAUUAAAAUAUUUAGUAUAGUUUUAUCUAAAAAGGAUACCGUUUUUUUAUGUUUCACUAUUUUUAUUUUUAUGAAAUUCACUGAGGAGGAUGGUCUUCCCCUUCCUCCUCUGAGGAGCCUCCACUGUGGUAUAUUAUUGCCAACUGGUUAGGCUGUUCUCACUGUACAAUUCCUAUACUUUUCCAUAGGUGCAGAGACUCCAACGGCACAGCUGAGUCUUACUUGCCCUGCAGUCUUGCCCUACUCCAUGCUUAUCUGCAGUCUUUCCAAAAGGACUACAGUGCUACUAUCAAGGUAUGUAUGAUGUUUGAACAUUGAACUCGUAGUAUUCAACAUAGAUGUACAGUAUUAUAUGAACAUUGAUAUUGGGCUGUCUUCUCUCCCUCAGGUCUCUGGUACUGUGGUCGUGGCAGUUGCAGUUCCACCAAUCCUCUACAUCAUCCUCCGUGUUCUGAGGGAGCGUGGCAUCAUGUCUUAUCAUCACUAGGACCAGGAAGUCCAUCAGCCUAUCAU